AUGAAAAGUACAGCAAGCACACUUUACAUUCAAAAUGUGGGGCUUGACUGUGAUGGUUUCAAGAUGGGUGAAAGAGGAACACCAGGACCUGUCAAGGACUCCAGCAUUAUCAAGAUGCACCACUGCCCCUUCUGUCCUUACACAACCCCUUCGAAAACUAGCCUUACAAACCAUAUAAGAACCCAUACAGGAGAGAAGCCCUAUUGCUGUCCUUAUUGCUCUCUUUGCUUUACACAAAAAGGAAGUUUGCACAUACAUAUACGGACACAUACUGGUGAAAAGCCUUUUUCCUGCCCCCAUUGUCAUUAUUGUGCUACAACUAAAGAUAAUCUGAAGAGACACAUUUUUAUUCACAUUGGAGAAAAGCCCUUUGCAUGUGCCCACUGCCAGUAUCGAGCUACUCAAAAGGGUGCCCUGAAAUUUCAUUCAUUUACACACAACCUACAAAAGCAUGUGUCAGGGCUCAUGAAUGUGGAUGCAGACGUACUGGAAAGUGCAGGUCUUUAUGCUGGGAUCUCAGAUAUGAUAAAGCUUUGCCUAGCAAAUGCAGGUGUACAGAAAACCUCAACUUCUUCCUUAGUGCACCUCUUAAGUGUACCUAGCUGGUCUGAUCUUUUAGUAAAAGUCCAAGAAAUUGAUAUUUCAGUGAUGAAAAUACAAGCAGUUAGAAGCAAAAAGUCAAGAGAAUGUUGUAAUUGUUACUCUGCAUCCAUAAGUUUAAAAGAAAUAAGUCAUGUGGGACGGGACCCUGAUGGACUGACUUCAAGUGGAGAAGACGUGAAAGGCUUUGGCAUGAGUCAAACCUCAACCAACAAGAUACAUCAGUGUUCCUACUGUGGCUACUCCACGCCCAAGUAUGCUCACUAUGCAGUCCAUUUGAGAACUCAUACUGGAGAGAAGCCUUACAUCUGUCCGUGCUGUCCAUUUCGCUGCACACAGAGCGGCAAUCUCAAAAUUCAUCUUCGAACUCACACUGGAGAGAAACCAUAUUCUUGCCAUUACUGUCCAUUCCGCUGUACCCAGAAAAGCAAUCUCAAGAUACAUCUACUCUGUGUUAGGAAUCCUAUGCUCAACAGCAACAAGUUUCUUUCAGCCCCUUUGAAAGGUUAUAAGAAAAGAAAUGAAGGAAAGAUUUUCCUGGAUUUAGAAGAUAUUACCCAAAGUUUUGAACAACAGAUGGAAUAUGAGUUUGUUCCAAAGCUAUAUCCAAGCUUAUAUCAGUUCAGCCAUUUGGUGAUGCUGGCCAGUGACGGCAUGAGGACUGGCAGAGGAGGAAGAACAGGGACUGAAGAAAGUAGUACAGCAGUCAAGUUGCUUGAAUGCUGCAAGUGCCCCUAUACUUGCAUCCAACAGGCAGAGAUGGAUAUGCAUUAUCGUACACAUCCAGAAGUGAAACCAUACUCAUGCCCACACUGUCCUUUCCGUUGCUCCCGCAGCGAUAACCUAAAGAUACACAUUCGUAUCCAUACUGGAGAGAGACCCUUUUCAUGCCCUCACUGCCCACAUCACUCUGCAACAAGUAGUGAUCUGAAGAAACACAUUCGCACUCACACUGGGGAGAAGCCGUACCUGUGUCCCUUUUGUCCAUUCCGAAGUACUCAAAGCAGUAACCUAAAGAUUCAUUUAAGAACACACAACAGUGGACAUGCGUAUGUCUUUAGGAAAAAAAUGGAUCUCAUUAAAAACUUCAAUCUUUUGCAUAUACCCUAUACUGAAUUUGGAGGUACUUUGUCUGCAAGUUUAACUGCUGCUUCCUUCAAAGUUUGUUCCCAUAAAUAUGCUAGCCAUCUCCUACAGAUGGUUCGUGAGAGGGGGGGACCUGCCAAGACCCAGUCAAGCAGCAGCAAGUGCCACCAGUGCCCCCACUGCCCCUUCACCACUAUCCAAGAAACACUCCUGUUUGAGCACUGCCUCACCCACAACUGGGAGAACCCCUUAUCCUGUCCCCACUGCCAGUACAGACCAGCAGAUGCCAGCCAGAUGAAGAGGCAUAUGCGGAUACAUACUGGUGAGAAGCCUUAUCUGUGCCCACACUGCCCAUAUGAGACUGCAGAUGGCAGUAAUUUGAAGCGGCACAUACGCACACAUACAGGAGAGAAGCCUUACUCCUGCCCACACUGUCCCUAUCAAACAGCAAUGAAGGGAAAUCUGAACAGACACAUUCGAGGCCACAUGGAGAAGGACAGUUUAGGAGUCUUGUCAACAGCGGACCUCACUCAUUUCCCACCCAUGCAAUGAUUCUUUUGAUUUGGUUUAGCUGAUAUAUUUGUAAAAUCUAACAUGCUGAAAGGCAUAGUGUUUUUUUUUCAUUUUAUAAAUUUCAAUAAUAAAGAAAUCAUAAUAAUAGAUACAAGGAUAAGUGAUUGUGAAUAUUACUACUACUGCAA